AUGGCCGCCACCGUGCGAGUGGGCACGCUGGAUGACUUGCGUGCGUCGACGCGGCACACGCUAGUGCUGCGGCAUGGCGAGACGGAGCGCAAGCUGCUUCUGUUCUCGAUGCCGGGCGUGCAGGGCAAGCCGACGUUCUCGUGUAUGGAGUCGGAGUGUCCGCACCUCGGCAAGUCUCUCGACACGGCGCCUCUGCAGUGGCACGGCGCCGACAUUGAGGAUUUGGUGGUUGUGUGUCCGUGGCACCAAUACGAUUUUCGUCUGAGCACGGGGGAUUCGUCUACGGGACUCCGUGCGUGUGUAUAUACAGUGCGUGUGGACGAUGAUACCGUGUACGUCGAGCCACCGACGCAAGAUACCACGGCGGAGGGCGAGUCGGUAUGGACGUGCGCGGCCAUCGUGCCUGUGCCGACGCAGUUUGCUACAAUGCCGCCGCCACCGCCUGAGAGCACGUCGCUGAAGCAGCUGGGUUAUGCGGGCGUAUUUGAUCCCGACGGCGUGCCUCCGCCCGCCUACGAACCGGACACGCUCGUGGCGUGGGCCGUCCUCAUCCUCCAGACGGCCUCGCCCCUGCACAAAGUGGCGUACACGCGCUACGCAAAGCGUGCACUGGACCAAGGCAUCCCGAUCGGCGGGGGCGCCUGGCGCGAGAGUGAGUGGUACGUGCCACCGGCCGAGGAGCCGCCUGAUCGGCCACCGCGACUGCAGGACGAGCAGUGCGUCGCGCCGGGACAGCAGAGCAAGCGCGGACGCGGUGGCUCAGAGCGCAGCCGCAUCGCGCUCCUGCAUGCCCUCGCGAACAUUGAGCAGUGGGCGAUCGACCUGGCCUGGGACAUUGUGGCGCGUGGACCGCGGCUGAGCGUGCGGCACAUGCAGAGCAGCGACACGGACCGCCCCGACAUGCCGCUGCCGCGCGCGUACUUCGCCGACUUUUGCCAGAUGGCGCUGGACGAGGCGAAGCACUUUACGCUCCUGCAGCAGCGCCUCGUCGACAUGGGCUCGUUCUUUGGCGCCUUGCCGGUCCACCAUGGCCUGUGGGACUCGGCUGUAGAGACGAGGGAGGAUUUGUGCGCGCGCCUCUCGAUCAUCCAUCUCGUGCACGAGGCACGCGGCUUGGACGUGAAUCCGCUCACGAUCGAAAAGUUUCGCGCGGCGGGCGAUGCGCGGUCCGUCGACUCGCUCACGACGAUCCACCUCGACGAAAUUACGCAUGUGUCGACGGGCCAUCGGUGGCUCACGUACCUGUGUGCGGUGCACCCCGAGCAGCCGUCGCCGGUCGACGUGUUCCGCGCGAAUGUGCGCCGGCACUUUGUCGGGCAGCUCAAGGGCCCGUUCAAUGCGCCGGAUCGGCACCAGGCAGGUCUGUCACCGGCCUGGUACGAGAACCUGGCCGGCGAGAAGAAGACCUAG